AUGGCGGAAGAGUACAAGAACGCUUCAGAGGACUUCAAGAACGUUCCCGAGCACGAGACCCCGAAGAUCGCAACCCCAGUGGAACCAUCGGAGCCGGCGGUAGAGGUUAAGGAGCGAGGAAUGUUCGAUUUCUUGAAGAAGAAGGAGGAAGUGAAACCUCAAGAGACGACGACGACGACCACGACAACUCCGCUAGAGUCGGAGUUCGCGCACAAGGCUCAGAUCUCUGAACCGGCGCCGUUUGUGGCGAAACACGAAGUAGAGGCAGAGAAGGAGCACAAGCCUACUCUCCUCGAGAAGCUUCACCAGAAGCACGAGGACGAAGAAGAGAACAAGCCUAAUCUCCUCGAGAAGCUUCACCGAUCCAACAGCUCCUCUUCCUCUUCAAGCGAGGAAGAAGGUGAAGACGGUGAGAAGAGGAAGAAGAACAAGGUGAAGAAGGACAAGAUCAUUGCAGAAGAUAAAAAAACAGAGGAAAAGAUGCAGGAGGAUAGGAAAGGAUUGAUGGAGCAGAUCAAGGAGAAGUUUCCACACGGAUCACAAAAAGAGGCUGGAGAAGUAGUUGUCACCACCGCGCCGGAGGUGACUGCAGAGCCAGAGCUGGAGCAUCCGGCGGAGAAGAAAGGAGUAGUGGAGAAGAUCAAGGAGAAGCUUCCAGGCCACAGCAAGAAACCAGAGGAUUCUCCGGUCGUCAACACGACGGCUGCAGUACCGGUGCCGGAGGAGGAGACGACGGAGAAGAAAGGGUUCCUUGAAAAGAUCAAGGAGAAGCUUCCAGGCCAUCACGCCAAGAGCACUACGGAGGAGGAAAAGAAGUCUGAUUACUAA